AUGCUCAUCAACGAAGACCUGAGGAUGGACAUGCCGAAUUCGUCCUUCGUGCCUGGUGUGUGUCAGGUCCCUCUUGACAUCAGAUCCUCAGGCAGCAGCCAGUCAUCGGUCGGACCCUCGGACGGCGGUUCCGGGUUAUGUCAGCGGAUGCCUGCUCGUCAUUCCAAACCGCCCGGUGACUCUUCCCUCUCUGACUCCUCAAUCGUUUCCAACCACUCGCUCCGUCAUCGUUACAGUCAAAGUCUUGACCCGCCACGGCCACGGCCACUGCCCGCCGACUCACACAUCUCAACGCCCGGUCGGCUUGCUUCGUCAUCGGGCGAGGCAGCCGCCGCAACAGUCAUCACGCCUCCUUCUAGCAAAAAGCGGAAGCUCGACAACACCGCCUCUGCCACAUCGGCACGUCGUGAAUCACAGGAUACCUUGCAUCCUCCCCUUAAAUCCCUCAAACCCUCGCAUCCGGACCAUUCGCUAGACGACGCCGUCCUCCCAGCAACUCCACUCACCCUCGUCUCCGAUAAGCCCAUGGACUCCGACGACGACUUCAACAGCAUCGCCUCGAGCGAUGCACUAGAGAUCGACGAGGACAAUAGCAGUGUCGAUUUUGGAGCUGGAGACUCCGAUGUUGAUCUCGAUGAUGCCUUCGACGACCAUGGAGCAUUUGACACACAAGAGAAGGACUUGAAACCGAAAAAGAAGGCUUUCGAGGUGGACUUUAAAAUUUACAGCCCACAGGAUAUUCAGCGCGAACAGGAUGCACAGAUCGCUCAGGUCGCAACUCUGCUCGAGCAGCCACAGGAAUCCACGGCAAUACUAUUACGAUACGGCCGAUGGAAGAAAGAGCGCCUGGUCGAGCAGUACUUAUCCAACCCAGAGGAGGUAUUAGAAAAAGCAGGCCUAGGACAGGACAUCAUCAGAGACCCACCCCGGGUCCAGACGAUACCCGGUUUCGUUUGCGAGAUUUGCACAGAAGAUGAGCCCGGUCUUGAGUCAUUCGCCAUGAAGUGUGGGCAUCGUUUCUGCGUGGACUGCUAUCGACAGUACUUGUCUCAGAAGAUUCGGGAUGAAGGUGAAGCCGCCAGGAUCAAGUGCCCUGGCGAUGGUUGUAACAAGAUUGUCGACUCCAAAAGCCUUGAUCUGCUCGUCACUUCGGACUUAACGGAUCGGUAUAAAGAACUGCUGAUGCGUACAUACGUGGACGAUAAGGAGAAUCUCAAGUGGUGCCCGGCACCCGAAUGUGUUUACGCCGUCGAAUGUGGUGUCAAGCCACGCGACCUGCCGCGCAUCGUUCCGACCGUGCAGUGCGAGUGCAAGCACAGCUUCUGCUUCGGCUGCACGCUUACCGAUCACCAACCUUGCCCGUGCUCGCUGGUUAAAAAGUGGCUCAAGAAAUGUGCCGAUGACAGCGAGACAGCGAACUGGAUCUCGGCCAAUACCAAGGAAUGUCCCAAGUGCAAUUCUACCAUCGAGAAAAAUGGAGGCUGUAAUCACAUGACGUGUCGCAAGUGCCGCAAUGAGUUCUGCUGGAUGUGCAUGGGUGUUUGGUCAGAGCACGGCACCGCUUGGUACAACUGCAAUCGCUUUGAGGAGAAGUCCGGUGCCGAUGCUCGUGACGCCCAGGCUAAGAGUCGCCAGUCUCUCGAGCGUUACCUACACUACUACAAUCGAUACGCCAACCACGAACAGUCCGCUAAACUCGACAAAGACAUCUAUCACAAGACGGAGAAGAAAAUGCAAAUGCUGCAAAACACAUCUGGUCUUUCGUGGAUCGAGGUGCAAUUCCUCGAGAAUGCUUCACAUGCACUACAACAGUGCCGAUCAACGCUCAAGUGGACUUAUGCUUUCGCGUACUACCUCGCCCGCAACAAUCAGACAAUCAUCUUCGAGGACAAUCAGAAGGAUCUUGAGAUGGCCGUAGAGAAUCUCAGUGAGAUGUUUGAGAAGCCUACAGACGCCCUUGCUGGGCUGAAGGGUCAGAUGAUGGACAAGACAUCAUACUGUAAUCGUCGCCGGAUCAUUCUUCUCGAUGACACCGCGAAGACUCUCAAGGAAGGUGAGUGCUUCAACAACCUAUUCUCUGGAAAUGGGUACACUGCUUAG